AGAAGGGCACGGAGAGGCCGAAAUAAGGCUACCCGGUGUAGCAAGAACUUGGAACUUAAUCUUUCAAACAUGCUGUCCAGGGUCGUUUUUGUUUCAGCCAGUGCCCUGAAAGGAGGUUCUCCCCUUGGAGCUGGUCUUGUCCAGGCAUCUCGCUCCCUGCACACAUCAUCCCAGAGUCUGGCCCCAGUGCCCCCUUUGCCAGAGAAGGGAGGCAAGGUCCGUCAUGGCCUCAUCCCAGAGGAGUUCUUCCAGCUCCUGUACCCCAAAACUGGAGUGACAGGACCUUACAUGUUGGGCACUGGCCUCAUCCUCUACAUGCUAUCUAAGGAAAUCUACGUUAUCAAUCAUGAGACAAUUGCUGCCCUCACCAUAGGCGCCAUUGCCGUCUAUGGUAUUAAGAAGUUUGGUCCAGACGUUGCAGCUUUUGCUGACAAACUUAAUGAGGAGAAAGUGGCCCAGUUUCAGGAGGUGAAGGAUCAUGCCAUGUCCAGCCUGGUUCAGGCUAUUGAGAAUGAGAAGAAGGAACAAUGGAGAGUGGAUGGAAGAUCAAUGCUCUUUGAUGCCAAGAGGAACAAUGUGGCCAUGAUGUUGGAGACCAACUACAGAGAGAGGCUACACAUGGUGACCAAUGAGGUGAAGAGGCGCUUGGACUACCAGAUUGCGCUGCAGAACCUUCACCGCCGGAUGGAGCUGGAGCACAUGGUCAACUGGGUGGAGAAGAGUGUCAUCAGCAGCAUCAGUCCUCAGCAGGAGAAAGAGAGCAUCGCUAAGUGUAUCACCGACCUGAAGGCUCUGGCCAAGACCACUCAGGCCAAAGCUACAGCCUAAACUGUCAAGUCUUCAGAGAAGGCUACUCUGAUCCCCAACUCACUGUCCCAAGACGAAAGAUUCACUUUUCUUUACAGAAUAAACUGUUUCCUGUUUAAAGAUUAUUUCUGUCGACAAUAUGGGUGUGUACAGUAUUUACACGUCAAAUAAAUGGAUCUUUAAUUCAACUUUAA